AGAGAGUGAUACAUGGGAUGUAAAUGUAACAUCAUCAGAACAUACGAUUUAGAUUUCUGUUAGUUCACCAUUAGUUUUGGAUUAACACGAUACAACAUGAACUUUAAUCGAUGCUUUCUGUUGUUACUGUCUAUGCACGUGUCACUGGGUAAGGCUACCACCGAGACGCUACCCGUGUGUGUCGGUGACACCGCCAGCUACGUCACGGACGCUGGCUGUAAGAAGGUGUGGCGCUGUGUUGGGGGACGGUUGUCCAAUGAGCCAGUGUUUACAUGCGGCCAAAACCUGGUCUUCAGCAAGGCACUGGACAUGUGUGUUUGGCAGGGAAAUGAGCAUGACGACUGUUCAUCAUCCAGAAUAGCUCUGGACAAACCAUCAGUCACGCCAGAUCAUGCUGUACGCGUUACGUGUGUUGAUGGUCAGUCUGCUGUUCCUCACGAAUCGGACUGUCAAUUGUACUAUGACUGCGCCAUUCAAAAUACCACUAAUCACACAGGGAUAGAACCUGACGAUGGCGUCCUCCGGGAAUGUGAAUAUCCGAAGCUCUUUUCUAAUGUCACCAAACAGUGCGAAAGCUUUUUGAACGUGGCCUGCGGUAACAGACGGGAACCUGUUGAUACGUGUGACUACCAGAGAAGCAGCGAAUGUCAUUCCUCAGAGAUUUGCUCGACGUGCGCUGAGCGAUAUCCAAGUUGUAAAGGACAACCCAACGGCCCUCAUGCUGACGUCACUACAUUCAACCGCUCGAAUUUUAUAGUGUGUUUCAACGAUCGACUAGUGGCCAGGGAAAACUGUGAAAACGACAGAUUUGGAGAGAGAAUGAUUUUCUACGAGAAUGGGGGACUAGGGACAAGUGGUUCAUGUUGGAGUGUUCACGACAUCCCACAUAACGAUGGCGGCCUUCUCCCAAACUGUCCUAAGGGAGUUUUCUUCAAGGUGUUUCCAGAUGAAGGAGGGGCAUGCGACAGAUUCUAUGAGUGCAUGUAUGGCAUGGCGUUCGUCAGACGUUGUCCAGGAAGUCUCGUGUACGACUCUCAAGCCGGUGUUUGCAGUACCAGGGAAUAUGUUUGCACUCCUUGUGGAAUGCGAAUCUGCGACGUGUAACAACAUGGGGAGAGAACGAUAACACAUCUCCGGUUUACUAAAAUUGGAUCGCCCAAACCUGCGGAUUUCGAAUACAGUUUAGUCAAUAUCCCAACGUGUCAUCUUAAAUAGUGAUUUCGCUCCAAAGAUAAUGACUGAGUUCCAAAUCAGUGUCAAGUCAGACGUUAAAUUAUAUAUAUAUAUAUAAAAUAAAAGACAAGAGUUUCUUUGACUUCCCUGGCGCUUUCU